AUGAACAUCUCAUCCUCCCCAAAUCCUGACAGCCCUCCUGCCAAAACCUCAACCUCAGACUCCUCUAACAUGCCUCCUCUCACAUCUGACAUCUCUGAUGACAACAGCAGCCUCACCCAUGCUCCCAACCUCCAACUCUUAGCAGAUGUCAGCGAGUAUAUUACAGCAUCAGAGGGAGGUGACAGCAGCGAUACUCAGGAGUUUGUAGUUUACAGCAAUGAUAUAAUCCAAAGACUGGUCAAUGAUGUUGCCAGGUCAUGGCAAUCCCUUCCCUUUGACACUUCCACUUCCAUCCAAGAUGUCAAUCCCCUGAAACAAGUCAUGCCCUACUUCCCUGGAGCCUAUGCUAACCUCAUUACACAACCUCCUAUGGGUGUUCCCAUCAAUGGUAAUCCAGCCUUUGGGCUACAAUGGGUCUCAACCACCACAGCAGCAGCACUCCACACUGCCGACCCUGUAGGAAACUGGAAUUCUUCAGACAAGGAAUGGGAGGAGGAUACUUGGGAAUAUUCACUGAUGUGA